AUGGAUCAUUCCUCUGACCCAUCCGGCCGAAGGAAGAUGACGAAUGGAGGGGGCCGCCCCCACCCCCACCCCCACAAUGGGGGUCAGGCAGGGGGGUCCCACACGGCCACGCGCUACAUGCAGAAGAAGCAGCACCAACACAGGGCCAGGUCCUCCUCGCCCAUGGGAAGAGUUAUCCUCAUCAAUUCUCCAGUUGAUGGUGGAGAUGAGAGCGCCGACCUCCACACAGUGACAGUCGACAAGAGUCCAGAUGGGCGUCUGGGCUUCAGUGUGCGCGGUGGGUCAGAGCAUGGCCUCAGCAUCUUCGUCAGUAAGGUUGAGGACUUCAGCUCCGCAGAGCAGGCAGGCCUGUGUGUCGGGGACAAGCUGGUGGAGGUGAACGGCAUCAGCCUGGAGACCAUCACCAUGAGCAGUGCAGUCAAGGUCCUGACUGGAAACAACCGCCUCCGGAUGGUGGUGAGACGUGUGGGGAAAGUCCCUGGCAUCCGCUACUCCAAGGAGAAGACCACCUGGGUGGAUCUGAUCCACAGACGCAUGGUGGUGGAAGAGAGUGGCCGCACCCCAUCAGAGGCCAGCUCAGACAGUGCCCUGCGCAGGAUCAUCCACCUGUACACCACCUCUGACGACUACUGUCUGGGCUUCAACAUAAGGGGGGGCAAGGAGUUCGGCCUGGGAAUAUACGUCUCUAAAUUGGACCCUGGUGGGCUGGCAGAACAGCAUGGCCUAAAGAUGGGAGACCAGAUCCUGGCAGCCAAUGGUGUGAGCUUUGAUGACAUCACCCAUAGCAAUGCCGUGGAAGUUCUGAAGAGCCACACCCAUAUCAUGUUGACCAUCAGGGAAGCUGGACGUUAUCCAGCCUACAAGGAGAUGGUGGCAGAGUACAGCUGGCUCAACAAAUUGGGCAAUGGAGGACCUCCCUCCUCCUCUCAGGGGUCAGACUCCUACUCCUCCGCCUCCUCUCUGUCCUCCGGCACUCCCGUCAGCUCCCUCAGUGGACUCUCCCAGGUCCUCUUUCCCCCGCUUUUCGGCUCAGAGAUGGUGGACGUCUGUGUUUCUACGGAGGACCGCUCCCGACGGCCCAGUACCACUGAGCGCACCAACGAGACUCAGACAGACCCCUCUGAACACCCUGACCAGCACUCGCCUCGCAGUUCCCAUGUAGAUAGGCUGGUCCCCACCGAAACCAGUCGGAUGCUCGGUGCUACCAUGUUACUAAAGGACACCAUGAUUCGGGGGAAAGGGGAGGGGCCUGUGGAAACAAGGACACUGUCUGCUGGGGAAGUAGCAAAGGACUCCACUAAAACGGCAGUCCUUAUGGCCCUGAGCAGACCACGCAAGCCUAUUCGGCGUUCCCAGAGCCACAUCACUGUGACAGAGGACAAGCAGAAGAAGAAGAGACAGCAGAAAGAGAAAAACACGGAGGGGAGUAAGACCCUGCGGCGCUCUAAGACCUUUGUCAACCUCCUGUUCAAGAGGGAGCGCAGGAGAGAAGCUUCCAGAGAAAAGAGAGAUACAGGGACGGAUGAGACCCACAGGGGACGCUCCAAAUCCCCCUCCCACCAUGCCAAUAGAGAUAAGGACCGGGGGCGUCCCUUCCAGCUGCUGACCUCACCUCGGGAGACCCGGGCCGGGGUGAGGGACAGCGUUCCCCAGCCACUACUCGAGGCCCUGGACCACGUGGAGGACAUAGCCAAGAAACUGCUGAGCCAAGAUGAGGUCUCUGCUGUGAUGAGACACUGCAGGCGGUUUUUGUCGGAACGUGUGGUGGAAGACCUAGUACGUCCCCUUCUAGCUAUCCUGGACAGGCCAGAGAAACUGUUGCUCCUGAGAGAGAUUAGAAUGCUGAUCCCUGCUACAGAGCUGAUUCGUUUUGACAGCAUGGUCAUGCCUUUUGAACUAGAAGCCUAUGAAAUUUUGAAGAGUCGCUCUGUGAGGUCUCCUGCUCUGCGUUCCCCCCGCACUGGGACCCCCAGACGACACCUCAUCACCCCUAUCCCAGAUUACAGAGGUGGUUUCCUGCUCCAGCCUGUCCAGAAUCAGGAGAAAGACCAUCAGCUCAUUGAAGACCUGGAGAGACUGCGUGUGUCUGGCCUCCAGGUGGGACGUCUGCCCCCCUCCCGUGCCUUCACCCCCCUCCUGGACAUCCCCGUGGACAGCUACACCCCCUCUGUCCUGCGCCCCACCUCCCGUUCGCCAAGCCCGUCGCCCUCCCAAAACUGGCUCCUUUCGGAGUCCCCAUACAGCACCCUACGAGGACGGCAGAGUCACCAACCCCCCCGCGCGAGAGACAAUUGGACGUCCCGGCACGAUGAAACUUCCACGUUGUCUGUGGACAGGGGAGAUACCACUCCUGAGCGGGGGAGGUCUCCCGUGAGGAAUGGCCAUCGGAGGUCUAGGAGCGACGUUAGCCCUGAGAGUUUAGCUGGAAGGAGCAGGAAAGGGGACGGAUACACAGAGGUCAGCAUGUACGUUCCCACGGCAAGACGCGGGCGACCCCCCCUCAAUCCGGUGUUUGAGCCCCACCAGGACAGAGGCCCCUCCAAGGGAGGAGGGAGGGGGCAGCAGGUGAAUGGUUACAAGCAGAAUGGUCACCAUGGAACGUCGACAGCAACUCCUGUUCCCCAGGACUAUGAAAUAACCACGGUGACCAUCUCCAAGACCAAACAGUCCCUGGGUAUCAGCAUCUCUGGAGGGAUGGAGUCCAAGGUCCAGCCCAUGGUGAAGAUAGAGAAGAUAUUCCCUGGAGGAGCUGCUUCUACUUGUGGGGGACUCAAGGCUGGAUUUGAGCUGGUGUCUGUGGAUGGAGAGUCUCUCCAGGGUGUGACUCAUCAGCAUGCAGUCGAUGUGAUUCGCCGGGCGUUCAGUAAUAAGGCCAAAAACCCCAUGGUGUUUGUGGUCAAGGUCCCCAAGGAAGUCAGCAACACUAGAAACCCAGCUGAGUGAAUGCAUGUCCUGCCUGCCUGGAAGCUAGUCUACUGGCCAAAGAAGAGAUGGCAACCUGGUGACUAAGCAAAGCCCGCAACUGGAACAAUUCUACAAAACAGAGGAUGGACUUUGAGCAUUCCUCUCAAAAUAUACUCAGUUUAU